UCUGUGAAAAUGACCAAUUUUGCUGAUGUGAGACAAUUGUUGUUUUCCGUUAGAGCGAGCUAGAGUCUCAUAUUGGUUGGGGAAUUGACCAGUAGUUUGCUUAUAUGGACUUGGACAAUCCUCUCCUCAUGAGCUAGCUUUUGGGGUUGAAUUAGACUCAGAUACCUUAUAAUUUACAUAGUAUCAGAGUCACGUCCAUCCCUGUUUAAGCUAUUGGUCCACGCUCUAGUGGAUUAGAGUUCCAUGUUAGUCGAGUAAUGGACUGAUGGUUUGCUUAUACAGACUUGGAAAACAGAAGGUGACAGCUGUUUGAUAAAUCUGUUUGUUUGCUGAAGGACUCAUGAAUUUCUAAAAUGGGAAGGAUGAGAAACUGGUUUACCUUUGUCAAGAGACUUUCCAUUCCUGAAACAGAACCAAUAGCUGAUCAAAAGAAACCAAAGAAAUGGAAAUGUUGCUUUUUGAAAAAGUUCAAGUUGAGGAAAGUCAUAACAUCAGCUCCUCAGCAAACAUUAACUGAGGCGAAAGAACAACAAAGAAAACAUGCUUUUGCAGUUGCUAUAGCAACAGCAGCAGCUGCUGAGGCUGCUGUAGCUGCUGCCAAUGCUGCUGCUGAUGUUAUCCGUCUAACGAAUGCUCCAAAUGAAUUCAAAAGGAAACGCAAACAAGCUGCCAUUAAAAUCCAAAGUGCUUAUCGUGCUCACCUGGCCAAGAAAGCAUUAAGUGCUCUAAAGGGUCUUGUGAAACUUCAAGCAGUGAUUAGAGGUGAAAUUGUCAGAGGAAGACUCGUUGCCAAAUUGAAGUUCAUGCUGCCACUUAAUCAAAAGCCAAAAACAAGAGUUUAUCAAAUUAAACUCCCUACUUUAGAAGAUUAUCAUGACAAUAAUGACAAGAAACUCAUCAAUAGUCCAAGGGAAAUUAUGAAAUCUAAAGAACUAAAGCUUAAAUGCAAGAGACUUAGGACUUCGGAUUUCAACUUGGCUUUAGAACAAGACAGUGAAGCCUUAUGGUCAAGAAGAGAAGAAGCCAUUGGCAAACGAGAGCAUUUGAUGAAAUACUCGUUUUCACUCAGGGAGAGAAGAAACGAUCGAACUUUACAAGAAGUAUUAACCAGCAAGCAAAACAGAAGAAGCUACAGAUUUGAUCAGUUGGCAGAACUUGAGGCACCAAGAAAAGCAGGGUUAUUUGAGAAAUUGAGAUCAUUUAGAGACUCAAAUGUUCCUCUAGCUGAUAUGAAUGGGAUGACACAACUUCAAGUGAGAAAAAUGCAUAGAGAAGAUUGUAUAGAGGACCUAUAUUCUCCUUCUUCAUUUCCAAGAAGAUCAUUUUCUAAUGUAAAACGAAAAUCGAACGUUGAUGUCAACUCAUUACCAAGUUCUCCUAUAUUUCCUACUUACAUGGCUGCCACAGAAUCUGCAAAGGCAAAAACAAGGUCAAUGAGCACACCGAAGCAACACCUAAGGUUACACGAGACAUUGUUAGGUCAACAUUCUCCUUAUAACCUCAAGAUUUCUUCUUGGAGAUUAACUAAUGGUGAAAUGUAUGACUGUGCCAGAAAGAGCAGAACUUCUAGCAGGUAGCUGUGAAUAUAAAAGUGUUCUACCAGGAUUGAAGAACAUGAGUGCUGUACAUUAUUACUAUCUUUUUUAAGGAUAGUGUUGUAACUCUGGCCACCAAGGAUGAGUAUGUACAUUAUCGACCUGUUUAUCCAGUACUUCCAGCAAGGGAAAGCACAAAAUCCUAGAUUUGCAGCAUUACUUCUGGACAUGAAAACAAUCAGAAAAAUGGAGCUAUAAUUGGAACUUCAAAUUUCUUGAGUAAUCUAUCUACAGUUGAUUGAUGAAAGCCAGUGCACAUCUUUUAUUACUGAUUUUAACACUUCCAUAGACUUGCCACAAUGUGUAUAUAUAUUUCAAAUUUUUCACCCUUUCCCUGUUUGUUUUCCA